AUGAUGUCCCUUGCUUCUUGUGAGUCAUCCAAACUUGUCCACAACAAAAAAUCUCGUUCUACAUGUUUAGCGCCAUUCGAGCCCCAGUAGCAUAAUUACAAUAUCGAGAACUGCGUCCGGCCCCCGGUUAUUUCCAUGUUUCAUCAUUGAAACAUAGCUUCGAGGUUGAAGGAGCGCCCGAACCUUAUUAGUGACCUUCCCCGAAUCUAAUACUCAUUUAGCUGUGAACGCCGAAAGGAGUGGGAAGCCAGGGUUAAGUAUAGCCAAGGACCCGCAUGGUGCUCGACGGUUCCACAUUACAUUCGAUCCUCGAGAAGGAAAGUGACCCUUACGAACUUUGCUAGUGCACUACCAUGUCCACUGCAACCAAUGUGAUUCUCCCCGGGUACCCUACUCCCUCAUCACAGGUCCAUUCGCCAACGUAUACCGCUGCUCCUCGGGCUCAUGAAUACCGUUUAACUCAUAAUACGCGUCUAAAUCCCAACCGGUCGCCGCGUGAAUUUGUAAAACAAUCUAGAAAUGGUGGCGUGAGUCUUCGGCUCGCAGGCCAGGAUGGCCACCUCACACUUCCUGUCUAUGGUUAUGGCGCAUCUGUGGAGGGUACCCUCGACGUCCACAAACGAGAUGGUAUCACGAGUGUUGAAGUUCAAAUCGAAGGUACCCUCUUGAUGGAAGAAGUGGCCGAAGGCGGGGCGGCGAACUGCAAACUGUUUCUCAACAAGACAAUUCUAUGGGUCAAGGACAGAAUUUACGAAUCAUCAUGCCCGCGUUCGCUCCCAUUCAGUCUCCCUCUUCCAACCACUUUUUCGGACGGCGGAAAAACCUAUCCCCUCCCGCCAAGCCACGAGUCCCACCUAUCCGGCCUGCCUGGAUUUCGCGCGAGGGUAAAGUAUAGUAUAAGCGUUAUUGCUGUGAAACCAAACAUCAUACCACAUGCAGUCAAGUCAUCCUUGUUGGGGGGCGGAGAUUGGACGAUUUCGACUCCGUUUGAGUACCUUCCUCGCACUCGUCCAUCUUCCGCAUUACCACCAUCUCUGGUUUUUCCGACUUUGAUUCACGCAAAUCAGGGAGGACAGGAUAUUAUGGUAAAGUUGUAUCUCCCAGCCAGUCGAACAUUCUGCAUGCACGAGCCCAUUCCUUUCCACGUUAUGUUUUCGUCUUCAGCAAUGUCUCUUGCUGCGUUUAUGCCUUUGGGACCGGUGGUAACCACGCCUCUGAAAACGCAGCACACAAAAAUACAGUUGUUGAGGCAGACGACUGUCGAUGUUCGCAAUGCUUUGAUACUUGGCACCCGCACCGAUAUCUGGAGAGUCGAUUGUAUUGGCGAAGGUGCCUUCAGACACGCAGGUGACGGUGCACACUGGCUUGCAUUCUCAGGAGAUAUUUACAUCAGCCCUGACAUCAAGGUCGGAGGCUUCAAGGCGGGCGGUUUUUCCAUCAAGGAUUGUGUAGUCCUGACCAUGACUCCGCCCGACCUCUCUAAAUCACCUUUCAAGGAACUGCGGCUCACAGUUCCUGUCCGACUUGCGACGGAUCCCUGCCCAAGUGGAUUUAGCUCUGCCGGAUUCAGCGGACAAACUGGUCCUCCAUCGAUAUCUUCCUCAGAUGAAUUUGGGAUUAUUCCAGAACUCAGCUAUGGCUCAUGAUGACCCUGUGGUUUGCAAUCAACAUUAAUGACAUUUACAUGCUGCGCCAUAGAUAUCAAUUGACGCUAUCGCUAGCCGAGUUUCAUGUCAUUCUUUGCGUCAUACAUUCCAUACACGUACGUAGGCGUUUUGAUGGACUUGAAUUUCCAAGAUACCGAGCUGAUAAGAACGUCGCCCAUAAUUCACAUGUACGUCAUUUACCAGGGUAUCGGCGUUGAGUUCCUUUCCAUCACAUGCCCAUGUCCGUCCAGCUAUUCUAAACAUCUUAGAAACCGCAUA